AUUUAAAAUGAUUCACGAAUCCUAAUAACAAUUAUAAUGUCAGAGCCUUUUCGCGGCUGGAUUGCUCUUCCAUAAAAUCCACAAGUCACAAGCCCCAAGCGCUAUAGCCCCCAAGGAGAUGCAAGUGUGUAAUAUGUUUCUGUUUCUGUUGCGACGCCAAAUUGCAUUUGCGGCCAGCACGCCGCCUCUCGAUCCCUAGAUCGUAUCAUACUAUAUAUGUUCUAUAUCAUCGUUUUCCAAUUAAUAUAUAACUUUCCUGCUUUGGUGGACAAAUUUUGGUGGUCCACCCACUCUUCGACGCUAGCCAGCGUUCCUCCAAUGAUGCCAAUCCCAAUUAUCCAAAUAUUCAAAGUAAUUUUCGUGCUCUCAACAAUUGUCGCCGUCACAGAUUGUUGUUCGAGCCGGAUCUUACUACUACGAGAGCAUACGCUUAACAUUGUGCAGCAUCAGCACAAUCACCUCCACGAGCACGCCCACGAGCUGCAGCAGCAGGAGAUGGCCUACGCCAGCCAGUGGGAGCUGCAACAGCUCCAGGAGCAACAGCAGCUGGAGGCAGCAGCCCAGGAGGCUGCGUUAGAAGCCAACACAGAUCUUGAGCUGUGCAUAGAUCCCAUCAGUGCCCAGUCGGUGGAGACGUCCACCGAAUCCAGUUUGGCUUCCGGGAUACUUAGCUCCAGCACUGACUCCUGGUCCACCAUUGACAGCAGCACACCCGUCACACCCCUGCAGUUGCACCUGCGCAAGCAGCGCUUUUUUCCAGCGUUCCUCCAGCAGGAGAUGGCCUACGCCAGCCAGUGGGAGCUGCAACAGCUCCAGGAGCAACAGCAGCUGGAGGCAGCAGCCCAGGAGGCUGCGUUAGAAGCCAACACAGAUCUUGAGCUGUGCAUAGAUCCCAUCAGUGCCCAGUCGGUGGAGAAGUCCACCGAAUCCAGUUUGACUUCCGGGAUACUUAGCUCCAGCACUGACUCCUGGUCCACCAUUGACAGCAGCACACCCGUCACCUCGGAGAUCACGACUACGCCAUCCACCACAGUAACGCACACUGGAGAGCCGCCACCCGACCAGAGCUCACCCAGCACGUUCGCCGCAAGCCCAACCACUGUGCCCGCCGUAGACGAGGGCAAGAGGAAGAACGUCACCGAGGUCCAGCUACUGCCCUGUAGCGAGGAGUACAAGGCGAACUUCUGCCUGAACGGAGGACGUUGCUUCCACCAUCCGAUGGUCAACAGCAAGGUCCUGCACUCCUGCCUCUGCAAGGACGACUACGUGGGGGAGAGAUGCGAGUACAAGAACUGGAAUGAUGGCUUCGACUACGUACCGCCGAUUGAGAAGCGCAAGGUCCGGAUGGCGCACAUCGUCUUCUCCUUCCCCGUGCUCAUCAUGCUCUCGUCCCUCUAUGCUCCGGAAUGUGCCGGACUAUCGCCAGAAACAGCAGCAGUUGCACCUGCGCAAGCAGCGCUUUUUUGUUAGGUGUUAGAUGCCUAUAAAGAUGAAGGAUCUCUCUCUCCAAUCCUGUACUUUGUUUUGAAAACAAUUUUUGGUUUCACUUUCGUAUUUGGGGAUUCAUUAUUUCUGUUUUUUUUUGUUGAAAUUCUAUGUUGACGAGGAUGUUGUCAGGAUGCCAUGUUGUUGGCGCUUUAAUUUAUUGAAUACAUUUAGUUUCUCUUAGUAGGAUUCUCUAUUUAGUUGCAAAAGACGCACACGAUUACUAUUUUCGAUUCUAUUUUCUCUGUUUUUUGUUCGUUUCGCUUUGGAAGCUUUCGUUGGAGCUUUUUUUUGUUGUGGUAGUUCGUUUGUUGUAACAUUUAGUUACGUUUAAAAAUUAACCAUUAUGAAAUAUUAAGAACUUAGAACAUAAUCUUAGCGCUUACUCCAAUUAA